CAGUACAGCGAUGACCGCGAAAGAGAACGUUUCGAACGGCGUUGAAGGCCCGGAAAGCCGCAAGGAUAAUAUGCCAUGCCCGCAAACAUAACCCCUCAAAGGACGAAGCUUUCAAACUUUGCAACUCGUGCUGAUUCUUUACGAUGAAUUACGAGAUUUUGUGGCCAAACGGUGCAGGAUUAUAAAGCGUGGUGCCGGAUCCUGUGUGGUGUUGUGAGAUAUUUCAGUGUUGAGAUGUAAGGAAACGAUAGUGUUCAUGGGGUUGAUUUGGAGAAUCCUUGCCAUCUAUUUGGUGACUGCGCCUCAGGUGUCUCCCAUCUUCAACGGGCUAGAGGAUACUUCCACCCCCAACGACCUCGAUAAGCCUGUUCCAAUGGUGGAAGUUCAAGGAGUAUUAAAUAAAAAGAAGGGCCUUCCCUGUGAUAUAAAUCCGAAGGAACGAGAUGACGCCGUCGCUAUGGUGCUAUGGUUCAAGGAGACCAUCGGCGAACCUCUUUACAGUUUCGACGUGAGGGCUCGACAGUUCAGUCAGGCAAAAUAUUGGUCGUCACCACAUGUUUUCGGAGACAGGGCGUAUUUUCGGCACACCACGUCACCUGCAACAUUAGAAAUUGCAUCGAUUCAACUUUCAGACGAAGGAAUUUAUCGAUGUCGAGUCGAUUUUAAAAACUCACCCACCAGAAAUAGUAAAGUCAACUUCACUGUUAUCGUGCCUCCCGAAAAAAUCCACAUCUACGAUGACAAGCGAGUCGACAAGACGAUUCUAUUAGGACCCUAUAAUGAAGGCUCGGACGUUAAUUUAUUGUGCGAAGUAAAAGGAGGUCGACCUCGACCGAAGGUGACGUGGUUUCUCGAAAACACAGUGAUCGAUGAUUCGUACGAGAUAAGAUCGGAUGGUAUAGCCGUCAAUCAUCUCACAUUUCCAAAUGUUGGUCGUCAACAUUUACAUGCAAGACUGAUUUGCCAGGCCAGUAAUAACAAUCUGGUCCCACCUGAGACAAGAGUAGCUGUAUUAGACAUUAAUUUAAAACCCCAAAUGGUAAAUAUCCUAACAAAAGAAAAACAAGUGUCAGCAGGCAAACGUUACGAAGUUGAGUGUAGGACGUCUGGAUCAAGGCCCGACGCAGUUAUAACAUGGUGGAAAGGAAGCAGACCUGUCAGAAAACUAGCAAAAAACUUUUCGGAACAAAACAACCAGAGCCUAAGUAUUUUGACGUUUGUCCCUGUGAUCGAUGACGACGGCAAAUACUUGACCUGUCGAGCUGAAAACCCGUCCAUCCCUGAAAGCGCGCUCGAGGACAAGUGGAGAUUAAAUGUCCAUUAUACUCCUGUGGUGACUCUAAAAAUGGGCUCGACAUUAAACCCGGACGAUAUCAAAGAAGGUGACGACGUUUAUUUCGAAUGCAAUAUCCGGGCCAACCCCAAAGCUUACAAACUUUCCUGGUUCCACGACGGAGUCGAAAUUUUCCAAAACGUCACUGCUGGAGUGAUCAUGAGCGAUCAAAGCCUGGUGUUGCAAAGUGUAACUAGAGCCACGGGAGGUGCUUACACGUGUAUGGCCACCAACGUGGAAGGCAAAAGCACCAGUAAUGCCGUCCAACUUGUCGUGAGAUACGCCCCCGUGUGCAAACAGGACCGAGAAGAGUUAUAUGGCGCGUUGAAGCAAGAGACCGUGACUUUGCGCUGUCAGGUCGACGCCAAUCCUGCCAUAGUGACCUUCCACUGGACGUUCAACAACUCCGGGGACCUGACCGAAGUUCCGGCCAACAGGUUCACAAACGAGCUCUCUUCCUCCCGACUCAACUAUACGCCUGUCUCGGACCUGGACUACGGCACACUCCUGUGUUGGGGUGACAACGAUGUGGGUCACCAGAAGGUCCCCUGCGUCUUCCAAGUAGUCAUAGCGGGUCGGCCGUCGCAGUUACAAAAUUGCACCGUAUCGAACCAGUCCUCGGACUCGCUCCAAGUGGAUUGUACGGAAGGCUUCGAUGGCGGACUUCCUCAGAACUUCUUCAUGGAGAUUUUGGAACUGCCGGCACUUCGCACCCGACUGAACGUCACUAGUUACCGGACUCCUCCGACGUUUUUCGCCGACGGCCUCGAUCCGGGAAUGAGCUAUCGGAUCAUGCUUUACGCCGUGAAUGCCAAGGGAAGGAGCGAAGCCACCAUUAUUGACCCCGUCACGUUCAAAGGUGUCGCCAAAUUACAGGGUUCAACGGCAAGUAUGCCUGUUAGUCCCCUAAUUAUGGGUCUUUUGGGCACUGCCGGCGUGCUGGCGACGGGGGUCUGCCUCGUGUUGGCUGCUCUGUGUCGGAGACACUAUUCCAGGCCGUGUUCGAGGCCCGAGGGGGGCACCAAGCACGUACCUAUGGAAGCGGUUAUUGCCGCUGACGAUCUCAUCGUUGACGGCUCCGUCACGGGCGUACGCACACCAGCGACUCCCGACGCGGCCAUUACCGCCGAAGCCGUAAGAAACGGCACUUCCAUAGAGGCCACAGAUCCAGACAUUAUACGAAAUCAAUAUGAGCGUCGACCGACCCUCGGAUUUAUGAAAGUGUACGAACCGCCCGGGUCCAGAGAGGAAGAGGACGUCGAAGACGAAGGCGAGGAGUACGAUUUCAGACACGUUGCCAAAGAAACUCACAUCCCCAAUCAGACCGUGUACCGGAGUCUGCAAAGGCCCGGACGAAACCCCGCAAACCCCAUUCCGGGCACUCAGACCUUGACGCACAAGUAUCGAGGGCCCGAAGUCAUUACGACGUCGAACCGAAUACAGGAGAGCUGCAUAUAAAUGUAAUUGUUUUUAUCAUGUAUUAUAUUAAUGUAUUUAAAAUAAAUAAAAGCGGACUUUCAUGUC